CAUCCCCACAAAAUUCCUUUAACAAGUAGAAAUUACAGUAUAGUUCCAACAUUCUUGGAAAAUCCCCUCUACUGAAUCGUAACAUGAAAUUCUAAAAUAUGAAGAAAAAACAAGUGUUAGUCUCACAUUAUUAACGAUCCAUCCUCACCAGCCCACACUUUGAAAACAUAGAAAACGACGGCCUCUCCUUUUCUCUCUCCCUUUUUCAGCUUUCUUAGAGAAAAGAAAAUUUUCAAGGGGGAAAAGAAAAUUUGCUUCAAGCUUUAUUUAUUUAUUUAUCCUUAAAUAUAAUGGUUUAGGGGAAUUUAGUUUAAUUUAAUAUUAUAUGCUGUCUCUUUCUUUCUCUAUACUCUGCAGCAGUUAGAGAGAGAAAGCUUGAUCGAAACAGAUCUCUAUUCCAUCCAACUCGACCCACUCUUCUUUUUCUCUUCCAAUUUCGCAUCGGUUUCUCGUUCAAUUUCUCUUCUUUGUCUUUUUUUUGGGUUCCUCUGUUUACAUAGAAGGAAAAGAGAAAGGAAAGAAAUGAUGGUGGUCUAAUUGUUUGCUUUGUUGGUGGAAAAUUGAGUUUGCAAUUAGGGUUUAUGGGUGUUUUGGGAAUUAAGCUUUUUAUGUGAAAAUCCAGAUUGGUUUAAGCGUUUCGAAAUUGGAAGAACGAAGAACUGAGAGGUGUUUUUUUAUGAGAAAGGAUUGAUUGAUUGAAAUAUGAUAAUCAAGCGCAAUCUGAAAUCCCAAAUGCCGAGUCUAAAACGAUGCAAACUCGGCGACUCUGUUGGUGAAGAUGAAGAUAGCUCGGGUACAACUCGCAAGAAGCGAAAAAUCAACUAUUAUUAUCCUCUGACUCUCCUCGGACAUGUCGCCGCAGGCAUAAUUCCGGUCAGUCUCCACUAUAUUAUAGCCUCCGGAGAGCUUGAGAAGGGUUUCGCUGCUUCAUGGAACACCGAAGUCUCGUGCUCUCCUGAUGAAGUGGAGUCUAAAUCCAAACGCUCAGAUUCGUCCAAGCCCAAGAACCGAACGGUGGAGAUUGCUCGGCCUCCGUUGGUGAGGACAUCGAGAGGGCGAGUUCAGGUACUUCCUUCACGGUUUAACGACUCUGUUAUUGAGAGCUGGAAGAAAGAAAGUAAAACUAGCUUGCAUGAUCAUAGUUUCGAUGAAGAUGAAGAUGACGAUGAUUUUGAAUGUAAAAAGGAUAAGUUCAGUUUUAAAUCAUCUAAAAAUUGUAAGCAAAACAUGAAAAACCAGCGAAACAAAGAAAACAAUGGUUAUAAAGGGAGAAAAUAUACUACAUUGUGUGAGGAAGAUGACAGAGAAGCAGGGUAUGGUAGGUCUUCUGGAAUUGGGAAGUACUCAAGUUUCCGGAGUUCCUUAACUUCAGUGCAUGAGCAGUUAGUUGGAGAGUAUGAGAAGAAUGCGAAUGGGGUUCUCAUUGUUGAUUUAACAACCCAGGGCCAAGCUUCAAGGGAGAAUGGUGAGAAGGAAGAUGGGUUGUAUGGGCCAGAGGAUUUCUAUUCGGGGGAUAUAGUGUGGGCAAGGCCAGGGAAGAGGGAACCGUGUUGGCCAGCUAUUGUUAUUGAUCCAAUGACACAAGCUCCUGAGCUGGUUUUGAGGUCUUGUAUCGCUGAGGCAGCUUGUGUGAUGUUCUUCGGACAUUCUGGAAAUGAGAAUCAGAGGGAUUAUGCAUGGGUCAGGCGGGGGAUGAUUUUCCCAUUUGCAGACUUUCUCGACAGGUUCCACGAGCAGCCUGAAUUGGCUGGGUGCAAGCCUAGCGAUUUCCAGUUGGCAAUGGAAGAAGCUCUUCUGGCAGAAGAGGGAUUUACUGAGAAGUUGAUGGACGAUAUAAACAUCGCAGCUGGGAAUCCAGCUUAUGAUGAAUCUAUUCUUAGAUGGGGUCAGGAGGCUACUGGGUCAAACCAGGAUCUGGGCUAUUGCCUUCCUAACCAGGGCUUGUUUGGGAAAUGUAAGGAUGCAAGAUUUUGUGAAAGCUGUGGCAUGACGCUCCCAUUUAAAAUGGGAAAGAAAAUGAAAGCAUCAACUCCUGGAGGCCAAUUCCUGUGUAAAACAUGUGCUAGGUUAACAAAAUCUAAACAUUAUUGUGGCAUUUGCAAGAAAAUUUGGAAUCAAUCAAACAGUGGGAGUUGGGUGCGAUGUGAUGGUUGUAAGGUUUGGGUGCAUGCAGAGUGUGACAAAAUUUCCAGCCGUCACUUUAAGGAUCUGGGGGCCACUGACUAUUACUGUCCUGCUUGCAAAGCAAAGUUCAACUUCGAAUUAUCCAAUCCAGAGAAGUGGCAACCAAAAGCUAAAUCAAAGAAUAACAACAGUCAACUACUUCUCCCUAAUAAGGUUACCAUUGUCUGCUGUGGUGUUGAAGGCAUAUAUUACCCAAGCCUUCACUUAGUUGUUUGCAAGUGUGGGUCCUGUGGCUCUGAGAAGCAAGCUCUUAGUGAGUGGGAAAGACACACUGGUUCCAGAGAAAGAAAUUGGAGGGUUAGCGUGAAGGUGAAAGGUUCCUUGCUGCCAUUAGAACAAUGGAUGCUUCAGUUAGCAGAGUACCAUGCAAAUGCUACCUCCUCUGCUAAGCCUCCUAAACGACCAUCACUACGAGAGAGGAAGCAGAAGUUGCUUGCCUUUUUGCAGGAAAAAUAUGAACCGGUUCGUGCUAAGUGGACAACUGAACGAUGUGCUGUAUGCAGAUGGGUUGAAGAUUGGGAUUACAACAAAAUUAUUAUUUGCAACAGAUGUCAAAUUGCCGUGCAUCAAGAAUGUUAUGGAGCAAGAAAUGUUCGGGAUUUCACUUCAUGGGUUUGUAAAGCCUGUGAAACUCCUGAAGUUACUCGAGAAUGUUGCCUUUGUCCAGUCAAAGGAGGUGCUUUGAAGCCAACUGAUAUUGAAACAUUGUGGGUUCAUGUUACUUGUGCUUGGUUUCAACCUGAAGUAUCUUUUGCAAGUGAUGAAAAGAUGGAACCUGCUCUUGGAAUCUUGAGCAUUCCAUCAGAUUCCUUUGUGAAGAUUUGUGUUAUUUGCAAGCAAAUCCAUGGUUCUUGCACAAAAUGUUGCAAGUGUUCAACAUAUUACCAUGCCAUGUGUGCAUCAAGAGCUGGUUACUGCAUGGAGUUGCAUUGCUUGGAGAAAAAUGGCAGACAAAUAACAAAAAAGGUGUCAUAUUGUGCAUAUCACCGUGCUCCAAAUCCAGACACUGUUUUAAUCAUACAGACCCCUCUGGGGGUCUUCUCUGCCAAGAAGAAGAGUGGAUCAAGGCUAAUUUCUUCAAAAAGAGUGAAAAUUGAAGAGGUUCCAACUGUAGAAACUACUGAUGUUGAGCCGUUUUCUGCUGCUAGGUGCCGGGUCUUCAAAAGAUCAAACAAUAAUAGAAAGAGAACUGAAGAGGAAGCUGUUGCCCACCGAUUAAUGAGACCUUGCCAUCAUCCUUUAAGCACUAUACAGAGUUUGAAUGCAUUCCGGAUGGUUGAAGAGCCUACAGGUUUUUCAUCUUUCAGGGAUCGACUCUACCACUUGCAGAGAACUGAAAAUGAUCGAGUUUGCUUCGGUAGAUCUGGUAUACAUGGGUGGGGUCUCUUUGCCCGUAGAAAUAUUCAAGAAGGGGAAAUGGUUCUUGAAUACCGUGGGGAACAAGUGAGGAGAAGUAUUGCCGAUCUAAGAGAAGCACGCUACAGAAUAGAAGGAAAGGACUGCUAUUUAUUCAAGAUAAGUGAAGAAGUAGUGGUGGAUGCCACUGACAAAGGGAACAUAGCACGAUUAAUCAAUCAUUCGUGCAUGCCUAACUGCUAUGCGAGGAUUAUGAGUGUGGGUGAUGAUGAGAGUCGGAUUGUUCUUAUCGCCAAGACUAAUGUGUCUGCCGGAGAUGAGCUAACGUAUGACUACUUGUUUGAUCCUGAUGAACCAGAGGAAUUCAAAGUUCCCUGUCUGUGUAAGGCUCCAAAUUGUCGAAAAUUCAUGAAUUAGUAGUAUAUAUACCCAGCGUAGCAUCAAUUGUUUCCCCGCAAGGACCGCUAACUCAAUUCCCCAUAGCAAAGGAGAAUCUCUGUCAUUACAUAUACACCCAAUUCUCAAAUUUUUGCCAAAAAAAAAAAAAUCUAAAAUGUAUCUUUCUUUCCUUCUUUUUUAAUAACAGAUUUUAUGUUUAAUUAAACCAGAGAUUUCCCAGUUGCUGUUCAA